GGAAGGUUGGCUUCAGAACUGGGCCAGGGGCACUGCUUUGCUUUUGCUGUUUUGAUCAGCUCUCUGCCUGCAGGAGACAAGGAAAAUCAAUGGCAACAGAUAGGGUCUCUCUCUCUGCCACCCAGGCCAGAGUGCAGUUGACGCAGGGCAGGGGAGCCCCGAAGUGGAGCAUAGUGUGUCCGGAACUGGUGGGUUCUUGGUCUCACUGACUUCAAGAAUGAAGCCACAGACCCUCGGGGGAGAACGAGGCCCCCGAGGUCUUCCUGGACUCCGAGGUGAGGAAGGAUGCCCUGGUAUGAGGGGACCUAAGGGAGCAAGAGGAUUUUCAGGAGAGAAGGGCAACCCUGGUGAGGAAGGAGUUGAUGGCUUGGAUGGAGAACAGGGUAAUCGCGGAAUCCCAGGGUCAUCUGGAGAAAAAGGAAAUAGGGGAAAUUGGGGCUUGACGGGACCGCCAGGACAACCUGGAGAGCGUGGAGAGCCUGGGUUAAGGGGAGAUCCUGGGGAUCCUGGAACUAAUAGCUAUAUCCAAGGCCCUAAGGGAGAAAAAGGAAGGCGUGGGCGUCAGGGAAGUUCUAAUGUUGAUGGACCUCAGGGAGAAACUGGAAAUGUCGGCCCUUGGGGGACAAUAGGAAGGCGAGGUCUGCCAGGAUUAAAGGGACCAAGAGGAAGGCAAGGACCACCAGGAACUUCUGGACAAAAAGGCUUAGUGGGUGCUCAGGGGAAUCCUGGGCCUCCAGGGCCAAAUGGUUCAAAAGGAAAAGCUGGACCAAGAGGAGUGAAGGGAGAGAUUGGUGAUGUAGGAGAAAGAGGCCCACAGAGUCGACAAGGACCAAGAGGGCAACCUGGUCUUCCUGGUUCUGAUGUAUAUGGACAUCCAGGAAGAAAAGGAACAAAGGGUGAACCUGGAUUCCCUGGCUAUCCUCGUGCACAAGGAGAAGAUGGUGACCCGGGCCAUCAAGGAGAAAAGGGGGCAAAGGGAAUAAGAGGGAAGAGGGGUAAUGCUGGCUUUCCUGGAUUUGUUGGAACUUCGGGUGACCAAGGCCCACCAGGACAAAUGGGUAUCAAGGGCCCCAAAGGUUUGGUAGAUAUGACGCCUUGCAAAAUUGUUGAUUUCACACGCGAAAACUGCCUUUGUUCAAGAGGUAUUUCCAAAUGCCCAGCAUUCCCAACCGAAGUGGCCUUUGCCUUGGACAUGUCAAAUGAUGUCUCCCUGUUGGAUUUUGAGAGGAUGAGAGACAUUUUAUUGUCUCUGUUGAUGAAGAUGGAAAUAAGUGACAGUAACUGCCCAACAGGUGCCCGUGUGGACAUUGUUUCCUACAAUGCCAAAACCAAUUACUUGGUUCGUUUCUCAGACUACAAGGGGAAGGUUGCACUCCUGGAGGCUGUCAGGAACAUCCCCCUGGAGCAGUCAUCUGGCCGCAGGAACCUCGGGGCCACCAUGAGGUUUAUGGCAAGACAUGUGUUCAAACGUGUACGCUCGGGUCUUCUCAUGAGGAAGGUGGCUGUGUUCUUCCAGGGGGGCUGGGCCUAUGAUGCAGCUUCCAUCAAUACAGCCACACUGGAGCUUGCUGCAGUGGGCAUCAUCCCCGUGGUCAUCACCUUCACAGAGGGGCACAACCUCCCAGACACCCUGCUGAUGGAUGGAACCAACAGAUUUUACUUGUACAUCUGGGAGACAGAGCGCCAGCAGGAUGUGGAGCACGUGGCCCGCUGCAUUCUCUGCUACGACAAAUGCAGACCAGACCCAGAAUGCCCGGCUGGCGCGCCGGGGCCCCAGGAGGUGGACGUGGACUUGGUGUUUGUGGUGGACAGCUCCUAUGGAGUGGAUGCCGACGUGUACUGCGGGUCUUUGAGUCUAGCGGACGCCGCGCUAGAAGACCUGGAGGUGGCAGAGCAGCCGGGCGCGUCCCACCGUGGGGCGCGUGUGGCCCUGGUGACGCACACGACACCCAACUUCUGGCCGGGUGUGGGUCGCCUCCCUGUGCUCGAGGGCUUCCACUUGACCACCUAUGGCAACCGGAAGCGGAUGCAGAGACAUAUGCGCGAGGCUUCAGCCCGCCCCUUACAGGGAACCCCCGCCCUGGGCCACGCCCUGGAGUGGACGCUGGAGAAUGUGCUCCUGGCAGCCCCUCGGCCGCGGAAAGCACAAGUCCUCUUCGCCAUCGUGGCCAGCGAGACAAGUAGCUGGGACAGGGAGAAGCUAUGGACUCUGUCCCUGGAGGCCAAAUGCAAGGGCAUCACCCUCUUUGUGCUGGCCUUGGGUCCGGGUGUGGGGACCCAUGAGCUAGCUGAGCUAGCCGAGCUGGUCAGUGCUCCCUCUGAGCAGCAUCUACUGCGCCUACAAGGGGUCUCAGAGCCAGAGGUUAACUACGCUCGGGGAUUCACUCGGGCCUUCCUGAACCUCCUAAAAAGUGGGACAAACCAGUACCCACCCCCAGAGCUCACUGAAGAAUGUGGGGGCCUACACCGUGGGGACACUGUGCUGCAAUUAGUCACGCCUGUCAACAGGUUGCCCAGGCACCAGUUUGGUAUGUCUGGCUUGGCUGAUGAUUUGGAAGCACUUGAAGCAACAGGCAUUUUUCUAGAAGAGAAGAGAAAAGACAUCACGACAUCUAUAACUCAGCAAGAAGCACUUGAAAAUUAUGAAAAUAACAAAUAUGACAUUGAAGAAAAUGAACAAAAAACACCAGCAAAACAAAAAGAAACUAGAAAAGAAAUAAAUGCAGACACUACCUAUGGAAAUUCAGCUCUGUAUUUAUUUUGUUGCUGGUCCUUGUUCCAUGAAUCCAAUGGAAGGCGAGUGUCAGGAUUACACCCUGAAGUGGUAUUUCAACAAGGAGGAACGGGUUUGCCAGCAGUUCUGGUAUGGCAGCUGUGGCGGCAAUGCCAACCGGUUUGAAACCAAGGAAGAAUGUGAGGCUCGGUGUGUCCCAAUACAGUAACAGUACAAGCAGAGCCCUGUUACUGUUAAAGGCAGAGCUUUUAAUGCCAAUGAAAUGGAGAUUACCAUGGCUGAGGCAGGACCUCACAGCUCAGAAGUGACAGCCCAUUCCGACACCUUGGACAUCAGAUUCCUAAACGCCUGAAUGUUUUCCCGCCAACAAGGACUUGGGCCAGAUGAUUUGUGACUUGAGGACUGAAUUCUAAUAGUUAAAAAAGUAACUGAAAGAUAUUUAAAUGAAUUAGAACGGAAUGAAAAAUAAACUUGAACUUGACUUAUAAUAUUAUUUUAAAAUUUGGGGGUGCUAUGUAGCAAAAUAAAAAUCAGUGUAAGCAGUGAGAAAAACCUAAUUCAGAAAUGAAUCGAAACUUGGUUUGUUUUUUUUACCACCAGAGAAUAGGGAAAUAUUAGUCAAAGAGAGGGCAUGGAAGAAGGGACAUCUAAUGUGAACGAACUUCAUACUUACUACUUAAUGUAGAUAAAUAAAGGCAUUCUUUAUUAAA